AUGGGUUCAUCAAUCGAUCUGGAUUUGAUGAAAAGACGUCAAGAACAUUUUGAAGAACAUAUUCAUUCGCUCAGACGUAAGAAUUUUAACCUAUUUCUCUAGUUUUAGUGUUCCAACCAUUAAUAUAGUCAUAUAUAUAUUAAAUUUAAGGUUUUAUCCAACUUUUUUGUUAGUUUUAGGGAAAGUGUUACCUAAAAAUUAUAUUUUUUCAAAGUUUAUGAAGUUUCAAGAUGCGUUUCGAAUUUUCUUGCUAUGGUUAAGUUUUUAGAAGCAUUUUGAUGUUAUUUUAAGUAAUUUGUACGCUGUUUAUCAUUUUAUUGCUAAUUAUAUUAUUCUUUCAGUUCAAGUGUUCAAAAUCGUCUAAGUACCUCACUGUCUGGAACUGUUGGAUAAUCAAUAUGUCAGUGAUUUUAGGAUUGUAGUUGGCAAACGAACUUUUCAUGUAAGUUUUAUUUAUUUUUUGUUAUGAGUUUAGAUUUUUCAAUUGAAUUGCAAGAAUAUUGUUCCUGAUAUUGUUCAACAUUGAAAUGAAAAAACUUUUGCAUAUUCAAAUGAUUUCCUUUUGAUUUUUGAAAGGUAAACUAAAAUAUAUUUCAAGAAAAAGUUGUUCAAGCUUAUAGAGGACACGAUAUGGAAUAUUGUUGCUUAACUUUCAUUUUAUAGGUAUCUAAAGCGUUCUUGUCGGCGAAAUCAAAAGUAUUCAAGACGAUUUUUGAAUCUGGAAUGAAAGCAGCUCAUGAGGGUCAGUUGAUCUUGAAUGAGGAUGAAGAAGCCGUUGAGGCAAUGCUGUUAUUCAUUUACGGCAACAAGAAAGUUGACGAUUUCAAUUUGGCGAUGAAGGUUAUCCAGAUUGCUCAUAGAUAUGGGAUUGAACUUUUGAAGGUAAGCUUUUGCAUUUUAAAUUCCGUAUUUUUUAGGAACUGUAUAUAUAAAUAUAACCAUUAUAAAAGACAUAUUUUACGGCAUUAAGCUAAUGGAUUACAUUUCAGCUUCAAUGUGAAUAUUUAAUCGUACAGAAUCUAACAGUUGAUGUGGCGUAUGAUUGUCUCGUCAUGUCAAAACGACUGGAUUUACCUUACUUGGCAUUGAAAUGUCAUGAGAUGCUUUAA